AUGGAGUCUUUCAAAUUUGUGCCGGAGGACAAGAGAGAUGUGUGGAGGGAAAGCAGAGAGGACACAGAGCCGCCAAGCAGUCUCAGUGUCUGCAAGAUCUCCUACACUGUCAGUGAGCGCGUGGGACCCUGGUGGGACUUGCCCUCCUAUAAGAAGCAGUGGACUCGGCAAAUUCUCAGUGAUGUCUCCUUCUAUGUGGAAAGCGGCCAGAUUAUGGGAAUACUGGGAAAUUCAGGUUCAGGAAAGACCACGUUACUGGACGCCAUCUCAGGAAGAAUCGGAAACAAUGGAACUCUGUUGGGCGAGGUCUUCCUGAACGGCAGAAAACUGAAAAGAAACCAAUAUCAGGACUGCUUCUCUUACGUGCUGCAGAGUGAUAACUUGCUGAGCUACCUAACAGUGGAGGAGACUCUGACCUACACAGCCCAUCUGGCCCUGCGCAAACAUUCUGCCAAAGCAAUCGAGGAAAAGGUGUCGGCAGUGAUGGCGGAGUUGAGUCUGACUCAUGUGGCCCACAGCGUCAUUGGCGGUCGAAUUUUCCCAGGGAUCUCUGGGGGUGAGAGGAGGAGGGUCUCCAUCGCCAGUCAGUUACUCCAAGAUCCACGGGUGAUCCUGCUGGACGAGCCGACCACCGGUCUGGACAGCAUGACGGCCAAUCAGAUCGUGAUGCUGCUGGCUGAGCUGGCCAAAAGAAACCGCAUAGUGAUGGUGACCAUCCAUCAGCCACGCUCAGAGCUGUUCCGGGUCUUCAGCCGGAUAGCGAUAAUGAGUCGAGGAGAGUUGGUUUUCUGUGGGCAGCCUGGUGAGAUGGUGGACUUCUUCAGUGGAUGUGGAUACGAGUGCCCAGAGUACUGCAACCCUUUUGACAUAUUUGUUGACUUCACCUCCGUGGACACGCACAGCAGUGAAAGAGAAGCAGCCACUUCCAGCCGCAUGCAUGAGAUCACCGCAUCCUAUCGGAGGUCUACAAUCUACCAGAACAUGCUGACCAAAAUGGAGCAGAGCCUGCAGCAAGCAGACAAGCCAGCCAUCCCCUUCAAGAGCAAAGACUCGCCCAGUGGUUUGGCCAAGCUUGGAGUGCUGAUCAGGCGAACUGUGAGAAACCUUUCUAGAAACAGGAUGGGUGUGAUGAUGCGCCUGGCCCAGAACCUGAUAUACGGGUUGUUUGUGGCCUUCUUUGUGACGCGCCUGGACAUCGACGUGGACAAGGGGGCGGUGCAGGACCGCAUCGGCAUCAUCUACCAGAGUGUAGCGGCUUCACCGUACACCGGCAUGCUCAACGCGGUCGCUCUCUUUCCAGCUCUGCGUGCCAUUAGUGAUCAGGAGAGUCAGGAUGGCCUUUACAGUAAAUGGCAAAUGUUUCUCGCCUACAUCGUCCACAUCCUGCCCUUCAGCAUCCUGAGUAUCGUCAUCUUCACCUCUUUUCUAUACUGGGUGGUGGGAAUGCACCCAGAAACUUUGCGAUUUUUGUGUUUCACUGCGGUUGUCCUUGUGCCACAUAUUAUAGGAGAGCUUCUGACUGUGGUUCUGCUGGGAGUGGUUCAAGACCCCAACAUGGUCAACACUGGUGUGGCUCUACUUAACAUCGCAGGAAUCUUAGUGGGGUCUGGCUUCCUUAGGAGCAUCCAGCAGAUGCCUGUGGUCUUUCAGUGGCUUAGUUACCUGACUUUCCAGAAAUACAGCUGUGAGCUGCUCAUCGUCACUGAAUUCCAUGACCUCCAGUUUACAUGCAACGUUUCGAAGCCCUUACCAGGAGCAUGCCUGAUCACCACCGGGGAUCAGAUCAUUGAUGAGGGCUAUCCCGGCGCUCUGCAGCGAUACACAAGAGACUUUGUGCUUCUCUACUCCUUCCUCCCUGUUUUGGUUCUCCUGGGCGUAAUCAGCUUUAAAAUCAGGGACAAACUUGUGCGUCACUAAAAUACAUUUACAGCUUUUAUUUUGUGUGUUCAAACCAAACACUGAAGUGAAAUAUUCUAUAGAACAUCUACAGACACAUCAAUAUAAUAAAGAUUUAGGGCUAAACAAAUAAAAUUGAAUUGAAUUGAAAGAUGUAAAUUUUUAGAAAAUGUUGUGGCAAAGUAUUCAAACUGUUGGUCAGUCCAUUUAAAAGAAAAGUCAUUAAGAAAUGGGAAUGAAAACAAAUGAGGUAAGCUGAAUGUUUAUCUUUAUUAUAAAAUUCUAUGUCAGAAGGCAACAAAAAACAGAGUAAAGCAAACAGAAAACCUAACUUAUCAUAUUAAAUCAAAUUACAGGAAGUUAUUUCUUUUUUUUAA